AGGCCUCGCGCUCCAGCCCACCACGGGCGGCUGUCGACAGAGAAUGUGGAGAUCGGCUGCUUCUUGGGGGUGUCGCUGUCCGCAGAGGUGAGACCAGGCCAGCAUGGGGGACGCCAAGGACCUUUGCCCUCACCUGGACUCCUUAGGGGAGGUGACCAAGGACGACUUGCUGCUCAAAUCUAAGGGAACCUGUCAGUCGUGCGGUGUUUCUGGGCCGAACCUGUGGGCCUGUCUCCAGGUGGCCUGCCCCUACGUUGGCUGCGGAGAAUCCUUCGCCGACCACAGCACCAUCCAUGCGCAGGCACAAAAGCACAACCUGACCGUGAACCUGACCACGUUCCGGGUGUGGUGUUACGCCUGCGAGAAGGAGGUGUUCCCGGAGCAGCGGCUGGCGGCUCCCCUGCCGGCCGCCUCACCCCGACUCUUCGAGCAGGACUCUCCGCUGCCCUCCCACCCUCUGAAAGCCGUCCCCAUUGCCGUGGCCGACGAAGGGGAGUCCGAGUCAGAGGACGAUGACCUGAAACCUCGAGGCCUCACGGGCAUGAAGAACCUGGGGAACUCCUGCUACAUGAACGCCGCCCUGCAGGCCCUGUCCAACUGCCCUCCGCUGACCCAGUUCUUCCUGGAGUGCGGCGGCCUGGUGCGCACGGACAAGAAGCCCGCGCUGUGCAAGAGCUACCAGAAGCUGGUGUCCGAGGUCUGGCACCGGAAACGCCCAAGCUACGUGGUUCCCACCAGCCUGUCCCACGGCAUCAAGCUGGUCAACCCGAUGUUCCGAGGCUACGCCCAGCAGGACACCCAGGAGUUCCUGCGCUGCCUGAUGGACCAGCUGCACGAGGAGCUCAAGGAGCCGGUGGUGGCGGUGGCCGCGGCCCUGACGGAGGCCCGGGACUCGGACCUGAGUGACUCCGACGAGAAGAGGGAGGGCGACCGGAGCCCGUCAGAGGACGAGUUCCUGUCCUGCGACUCCAGCAGCGACAGGGGCGAGGGCGGUGGUCAGGGCCGCGGCGAGGCCGGCUCGGCGGAGGCGGAGCUGCUGAUGGGCGAGGAGACGGGCCGCGCCAUCUCGGAGAAGGAGCGGAUGAAGGACCGCAAGCUCUCCUGGGGCCAGCAGCGCACGAGCUCCGAGCAGGUGGACGAGGACGCGGACGUGGACACCGCCCUGGACCCCCGGCCCCCAGCGGCUCAGCCCCCAUCACCACGGUCCGCCAGCCCCUGCCGGACACCAGAGCCCGACAACGAGGCCCACAUGCGCAGCGCGUCCCGGCCCUGCAGCCCCGUCCACCACCACGAGGGCCACACCAAGCUGGCCAGCAGCCCUCCUCGCGCGAGCCCCGUGAGGAUGGGCCCGGCCUACGUGCUCAAGAAAGCCCCGGGGCCGAGCACGGGCAGCCGGCGGCGGAAGGAGCAGCGCUACCGCAGCGUCAUCUCCGACAUCUUCGACGGCUCCAUCCUCAGCCUCGUGCAGUGUCUCACCUGUGACCGGGUGUCCACUACGGUGGAGACAUUCCAGGACCUGUCCCUGCCCAUCCCGGGCAAGGAGGACCUGGCCAAGCUGCACUCGGCCAUCUACCAGAACGUGCCGGCCAAGCCGGGCUCCUGCGGGGACGGCUACGCCGCCCAGGGCUGGCUCGCCUUCAUCAUGGAGUACAUCCGACGGUUUGUGGUGUCCUGUACCCCCAGCUGGUUUUGGGGGCCGGUCAUCACCCUGGAAGACUGCCUCGCUGCCUUCUUUGCUGCGGAUGAGCUGAAGGGUGACAACAUGUACAGCUGCGAGCGGUGUAAAAAGCUGCGCAACGGGGUCAAGUACUGCAAGGUGCUGCGGCUGCCCGAGAUCCUGUGCAUCCACCUGAAACGCUUCCGGCACGAGGUGAUGUACUCAUUCAAAAUCAGCAGCCACGUCUCCUUCCCCCUCGAGGGACUCGACCUGCGCCCCUUCCUGGCCAAGGAGUGCACGUCCCAGAUCACCACCUACGACCUCCUCUCGGUCAUCUGCCACCACGGCACGGCGGGCAGCGGCCACUACAUCGCCUACUGCCAGAACGUGAUCAACGGGCAGUGGUACGAGUUCGAUGACCAGUACGUCACCGAGGUCCACGAGACGGUGGUGCAGAGCGCUGAGGCGUACGUCCUCUUCUACAGGAAGAGCAGCGAGGAGGCGGUGCGGGAGCGGCAGCAGGUGGUGUCCCUGGCCGCCAUGCGGGAGCCCAGCCUGCUGCGCUUCUACGUGUCCCGGGAAUGGCUGAACAAGUUCAACACCUUCGCCGAGCCGGGGCCGAUCACCAACCACACCUUCCUCUGCUCCCACGGAGGCAUCCCGCCCAACAAGUACCACUACAUCGACGACCUGGUGGUGAUCCUGCCGCAGAACGUGUGGGAGCACCUGUACAGCAGGUUUGGGGGCGGGCCUGCGGUGAACCACCUGUACGUGUGCUCCAUCUGCCAGGUGGAGAUCGAGGCGCUGGCCAAGCGCAGGCGGAUGGAGAUCGACACCUUCAUUAAGCUGAACAAGGCGUUCCAGGCCGAGGAGUCGCCCGGCGUCAUCUUCUGCAUCAGCAUGCAGUGGUUCCGCGAGUGGGAGGCCUUCGUCAAGGGCAAGGACAGCGAGCCCCCCGGCCCCAUUGACAACAGCAGGAUCGCGCAGGUGAAAGGCAGCGGCCACAUCCAGCUGAAGCCGGGCGCCGACUACGGGCAGAUCUCGGAGGAGACCUGGGCCUACCUGCACAGCCGGUACGGCGGCGGCCCCGAGGUCGCCAUCCGGCAGGGCGUGGCCCAGCCGCCGGACCCGGACAGCCUGCACGGGGAGCAGAAGAUCGAAGCCGAGACCCGCGCCCUGUGACCUCCGGGCUGCUCUGUGAGCCCCUCCUCCUUCUCCAGAGACCCCCCAUGUCCCUGAGCCCGGGACCCUGAGCACACCUCCCAGGAGGCGCUUGGAGGACCCUGGAGGGGCCCUGCCUGUGCCCCGCUCCCUGGGAGGGCGAGUUUGCCCUGGAGGAGAGGCUGCCGAGCCCAGGUGUGUUAGAGGCAGAGUGGUUGGUCCCAGUGCGACGCUGGGAUGGGGAGUCCACGCCCUCGGGCUGGCCCACACCACGGUCAGCGGGUCUUCGUCCCGGACCUGCCCACACACUCCUGUCACUGGGUCCCCAACCCGCCUCUGCCAGCGGAGGCCCAGCUUUGGUUCCGCGCUCUCAGCAGCGUGGCUUUGGGACAGAGGGUCGGAGAGGCUGCGGCUUCGUGGGCAUUUCUCACGGGUGCCUGGUCCAGCCCCCGAGGCCCGCACAGAACACAGCCGAGUGCCCGCCUCACCCCGCACCUCCCCGCGGUCAGAGAGGCUGCUGAGUGCUGGGCUGCUCUGGUUGGAGACUCGACUCAGGAGGGGUGUGUCCGAGGCCGCUGGCCCCCCGCCCUGCGCUGUGAGCCGCCCCAGUGGCUGGACUCGCCCCCAGGAACCGGUGGGCAAACAGAUGCUCUCGCUGCUGUCAUUUGCUGCUCAUGCAGCUCCCAGGGCGGCCAGGAGAGAAAGGCGCCCUGCCCAGCGCCAGGCCCGGCCGGAGGUGUGGCCCGGGAGCGUCCCCUGGGUGCUGAGUGAGGCCGCUGCGCCCCGCACCUCCAAGCACAGCUUCCACGGAGGAAGCAGCUGGGCCCGAAGCUCACCUCGUUGGGCCAAAGUGAAGUGGGGGGAGGGCGGGUCCUGGGACCAGAGCCCCCAAAUACUGUGGACUUCAGUCUCCGAAGCAGCAGAUGUGGCGGAAAUCCCAGCGGGCAGAGCCCUGCAGCUCAGGCUGCGGCCUCGUUCUCCCGGGACGUGGGACCUUCCCCGGCGAUCGCAGAGCAGCCCCCGUUGGGUGUCUGGGCGUUUACCCCAGUGUUUUGAGAGCUGCUACCGCACCACGGGUACCCCCCACCCCAGGGCCAUGGCGCGUGUUGCCCUGUGCGUGACAUGGAGCUUCCGCGGUGCGGGCUGGAAGCUGGCCCACGUCUGUGCCGUGUAGUCUGUGUGCGAGAUGCAUAAUAAAUCACCCGUGU